UCCCCUUUAUGAGUGCCUGCUGCUCUAGGGUAGCGCCAGGGAGCCCAGCAGGGUACAGCGUCUCAGAGAAGGACCCACUACAAUGUAAAUAUGAUCAGCAUUUCGUGUAGGAAUCUGACCCGGACUCAUUGAUUCCAGCGUGUCAUCGGCUGCUUCUUCAAUGGUGGACUCUUCAUCAAGGGGCUCAGCGGCAUCCUCACACAGCGCCUCUCCCACCGUCCUGAGAAGGUGAAGCCCGAGUCAUAACACCGAGCCGCUAUGAGGAGAAUAACGGGAAAAGCGAAAGAUGAAACUUUAAUCGAGCUGCAGAGUGCCACGGAUUCACAGACUGGAGAUGGUCCUGCAGUCCUGACCGCAUUCAGGAUAAACCUGCAUUCAGUUGGCUUGAAGAGGAUGGGAAUCUCACUGAGCAUCCUUCAACAGGUUUCUCACUUUAGGAGAAGAUUACAGCUGAAGAGGGAUGAAAACAGCGGAAAUGGCGUUCCAUUAUCUGAAAGAGCGAGCCUUCCCGGACAUUCAGAAACAGACAAGUUGCAGCCAAACAGAGACACAGUGUUCUUCAGAGACGGAGUCCGGAGAAUAGACUUCGUCUUGUCUUAUGUGGAUGACAAAGAUGGAGAAAAGAAACAGGAAAGGAGGAGGGAGUUUGAGGCCAACCUGGAGAAAGCUGGACUGGAGCUGGAGACAGAGGACAAAUCAGACUCCAAAGACCAGCGGACAUAUUUCCUGAAAAUUCACGCUCCGUGGGAUGUUCUGGCCACAUACGCUGAUGUGUUAAAGAUCAAAGUUCCCUUCAAAGAGAGUGACAUCCCUCAUGGUCAGGAUGUUCCUCUGGACUGGCUCUCACACCCUUUCCGCCUACCGGAGCACAUCAUGCGCCCGGCCGUGGACUACUUCACGUACCCCUUUGACAAGAACAAGACAGACUUCUUCCUCAUCAAUGACAAGGAUACCUUCUUUCCACCCUCAACAAGAAACAGAAUCGUUUUCUACAUCCUGGCUCGUUGUUCGUACUACAAAGAAGGCCGGAAAGAUAAAGACAAGACGGGAAUCAAGCGACUACUCAGCAACGGGACGUAUACAGCAGCCUUUCCACUACAUGAUUGUCGAUACUGGAAACGAGCCAGAAAUGCCGAGUGUGAGAGCGAGCGUUACAACUUGUACAAGCACUGGGCCCGGUUUCUCUGCUUCUACAAAGAGCAGCCUCUUAACCUCAUCAGGAAGUACUACGGGGAGAAAAUCGGGAUCUACUUUGCUUGGCUUGGUUUCUACACUGAGAUGUUGUUCUUUGCUGCUGUCAUGGGCCUUAUAUGCUUCACUUAUGGCGUGCUCAGUUAUGAUGACAACAUAUCAAGCCAAGAAAUAUGUAACCCUAAGAUUGGAGGAAGUAUUGUGAUGUGCCCCCUGUGUGACAAAAAGUGCCCGUUCUGGAAGCUCAACUCUACGUGUCUCUCCUCCUGGCAAUCCCAUCUGUUUGAUAAUGAGGGAACGGUGUUCUUUGCCAUCUUUAUGGGAAUAUGGGUUACUCUGUUUUUGGAGUUCUGGAAACGACGUCAGGCCCGGCUGGAGUACGAGUGGGACUUGGUGGAUUUUGAAGAGGAACAACAACAGCUUCAAAUCCGGCCUGAGUUUGAGAUCCGCUGCACUAACAAGAGACUCAACAAGAUCACACAGGAAAUGGAGCCUUAUCUUCCUAUCACCAGCAAGUGUGCUCGCUUCUGCUUCUCAGCCACCACUGUCUUAUUCUGGAUUUGCCUGAUAGUGGCCUGUAUCAUCGGAGUCAUAGCCUACAGGCUGGCUGUGUAUGCUGCCUUUGCCAGCAUCAUUAAAGAUCCCAUGAGGAAGAUCCAGCUGGUUGGCAGAUUCAUCACUCCACAGCUGGCGACCUCUGUCACUGCCUCCUGCAUCAACUUUGUCAUCAUCAUGAUCCUCAACUUCUUCUAUGAGAGGGUGGCUAUUUGGAUCACUGAUAUGGAAAUCCCAAAGACCCACCUGGAAUAUGAGAACAAGUUGACAAUGAAGAUGUUCCUCUUCCAGUUUGUAAACUACUACUCCUCAUGUUUCUAUGUGGCCUUCUUCAAAGGAAAGUUUGUGGGCUAUCCCGGUGACUACUCUUACAUGUUUGGCAAAAAAAAGAGCAAACUGAGGAAUGAGGAGUGUGACCCUGGAGGCUGUCUGAUUGAGCUGACUACACAGCUGGUGAUUGUCAUGGCGGGAAAACAACUAUGGGGGAACAUUCAGGAAGCCCUGCUGCCGUUGAUGCGGAACUGGUGGAGCAGCAGAAGAGGACGACACAAUCCUGAGAACCACAACAGCCGCUGGGAGCAAGACCACGUCCUCCUGAACUUUAGUCAGCUGGGAUUGUUUUAUGAGUACCUGGAGAUGGUGGUACAGUUUGGAUUCAUCACUCUGUUUGUGGCCUCCUUCCCCCUGGCUCCCCUUCUCGCUCUGUUCAACAACAUCUUGGAGAUCAGAGUUGAUGCCUGGAAAUUCACCACCCAGUUCAGACGACCUGUAGCAUCCAAGGCCAGAAACAUUGGAGCGUGGCAGGAAAUCCUAAAUGCAGUUGCCAUUUUGUCUGUUGUGACCAAUGCUUUUAUUAUGGCAUUCACCUCUGACAUGAUCCCCCGUAUGGUCUACCUGUACGCUUACAGUGAAGGUGUCAGCAUGAGAGGCUACGUUAACAAUAGCCUGUCAAUAUACAACAUCUCACAGAUACCUGAGGACAACAUGCCUGAAGAGACGGACUUAUGGUUUGUUAACUCCACCAGCACCUGCAGAUAUCGUGACUAUCGUUACCCUCCGGGCCAUGAGAAGGAGUACGCUCACACCAUGCAGUUCUGGCACAUUCUGGCAGCUAAAAUGGCCUUCAUCAUUAUAAUGGAGCAUGUGGUCUUUGUGGUGAAGUUCUUCGUGGCCUGGAUGAUCCCUGACAUCCCGUCUGAUGUGAAGGCUCGGAUUAAACGAGAACGUUACCUGAUUCAAGAGUACCUGCAUAACUACGAGGUAGAGAGGCUCAAACUCCAGCUGAGUGCCAGUUUCAUCACAGAGCCGCAGUCAGAGAUGUCCUCCAUGACAGACAAACAUGAAGUGCUGUCUGAGUGCCUGUAGCCCUGAUUCCCACCUGAACAUUCAUAAACAAGGGCUCCUGUCUGCGGGUUUUGUUGCUGAACGCACUUCUACAUUAGGAUCUGUUUUCGAGGCAUCAGGAAAAUGUAUCUGUUCUUGAGUGAGGGACAAACUUCUGUGCAAUCGAAAAAAAGAGUAGAAAAGAUUGUGACUGCAGCUUGAACCAUUUCCUGUUAUGCCUCCUUCGGUCAUGGCUGAAAAAAAGUGCUGAAAGUUAAAGUCUGUGAUGUUUAACAUGUGAACCUAAGUGUUAUUAACAUUAAAAGAUUUAAUUAUGAUAUCAUAGUUAAUUUUCUGCAUGUGAUUCUCCUAGUGAGACAAGAAGGAUAAAAAUGUUGUGUGUCUGUCGUCAAAAUGUUUGUGGUUAAAAAAUUAAUGGUCAUUCAUCGUGUUUCUUCUUUUUGUCCUCUAACUCAGAAUGUAGAAAACAAACUAACAGGUUUCAAACAUAUCUAAUAUGAAACACAUUGUAACUUUAGGCAAUGCUUAUUCCUCAGACAUGUUUCUACAUAUCUAUAGCUGGGCUAUUAGAGUGUAUGUUUUAUUGUUUUUUUUUUGUACUACAUUUAGGGAAACACUUUUAAAAUACUGUGCAUUUGGGAACGAAGUACCUCCAUCAUACUGCAGUGGUACUGUAACAAUCAGACCUUUGGUGUCAUGAGUUUAAGGUACUGCAACACCAUCUUUGUGAGAGCAGCUGCAUCAUCCAAAUCAUGCUGCGGGACCAAUUGUAAGACUGACCAAAAGAGGAAAAAAUCCAUACAAAAAAACAUCUUCUGCUUUAAUAUAAUCAGUUUGUAUGUGUCAGUUUAAGCUCUUUUCAGUAUAAUUUGGUGGUACACUGCCUUUAUUCCGUUCACAAAUGUGAUACUAUUGUUGUCGCCAUGUUUUGUCAGUGUAAACAAUCAUAAUCAUUCCAGAGAUGAUGAACAGAAGAUGGGAUGCUACUUGUUCUGUUUGGAUAACUUGAGGGAGAAUCAUAGAGACUCUAGCUGGUUACUUUUUUACGGAAGCCCAAAGAGGUCACACAUGCAAACAUUCUGUUUUCUCAUGAUACCAACUUAUGUUGUUAUCUUAGGAUAUCAGAGCUUCUUAUCAAUAUUGAGUCAUCUAUUUUCUUGAGAUCUCAAGAAAUUGAUCUGUUUUCAUGGCAAAAACAGCAUACUUUUUUCAAGAUAAAAAAAUAAAUAAGUCAAGGUCUAGAGAAAAUGGAAAUUUAGACAUAACAGGAAAACAAUUAAAUAAAAUGCAUGUCCUCUCAGGGCUUUCAGAAUGUUUAGCUGUAGAUAUUUUUAAUGAGUCAUAAUGAUUAACUUAUUGAUCCAUUUCUGCUCGAAAGUUUAAACGUUAAAAGUUAUUAUAUGAUCCUGUGAUCCUCGUGGAUCUUUUCUAGAUGAUAUACCAUGUUCUAUUUCCUGCCGCCUGCAUUUCCUAUACUAAUAAAUAAAGUUGUGCUAGAGUUUCUACUUUUUCAAAGCAGGUUCAGUGUUUCUUUUUUAACUUUUUAAGCAUGAUGUGCAUUAAAAUCAGUCUUAGUUUUAGUUGAAACAUAUCUGCUUUUUACACUGCUAUUCAUGCAGAUGUCAUUCCAGUUAUGUAACACAUUAUAUUGGACUAAACCUGGCUGACUUCAAUCUCAGGAUUAAACAUCUUCUAACGUUUGUUAAGCAUCAACUCUGAAUAAAAAAUGAAAAUGUGAGAGCGGGUUUUUUGGGGGGUGGGGUCCUGCAUGGUGCAAGAAGCAUUUCCCAACAAAUAUAUUGCCUUAAUCGUCAGUUUUUACUUGUUUUUGUAUGUUUUUGUAAAAGAAAAAAUAAGUUUCCUAUUUGAAUUCUGUAUCUCGUUUCUAACAUCUGUUGCUGCUGCUGAUCAUUGCAAAGUAGUGGUUUUGUUUGUGCAUGAGUUGCAGUCAUGUAAAUAUUUUGUCAUUAAAUUUUAAGUUAACUGUAGCCUGAUGUACAGAAAUGCACUAAAGCUGUUGAUAUUCUCAAUAAAUGACGAAGUGUCUCA